GUAAAAAUUCGAAUUAACGCUUCUCAGCAAUAUCAAAAAAUUCUUGGAUUUGGAGGUGCAUUUACCGAUGCUGUCGGUUAUAAUUUAAACUUGCUUAGCAGGAAAACAAGAAUGCAACUGCUUAGAACAUAUUUUGAUAAAAAUAUUGGUAUUAGAUACUCUGUUGGGAGAGUGCCGAUAUCUAGUUGCGAUUUCUCUUCUAGAGUGUAUUCCUAUUGUGAUACAGAUAACGAUUUUAAACUCAAAACUUUUGCGUUAGCUGAAGAAGAUUUGCAUAUGAAGGCAAGUAAAAAUUUAUAUCAAAUACCUCACAUUUUAACUGCCAAUCUACUUGCUGGAUCACCGCUUAACUUAGUUGCUACUUCGUGGUCAGCACCUGCUUGGAUGAAAACUUCUAGAAAAAUGCCAGGGGGUGGAAGUCUAAGAUUUUUUGAGGAAUAUUCCAAUUUAGCAAAUAUUACAUUUUGGGGAAUGACUAUAGAAAAUGAACCUCAAUAUGGGCUCGAUCCUUACUAUAAGUUUCAAGCAAUGUGGGUUAGUCCAGAAAAUCAGAGAGAUUUUGCUAAUGAUAUACUUUCUCCAAUAUUAAAAUCAUCACCAGCAGCAAAAAAUUUAUUAUUAAUGGCACAUGAUGAUAAUAGAAAUUAUAUUUUAGAUGCAGCACAUAAAAUUUUUGGAAAUAAAAAUUCAACAAAUAUAAUAGCAGGCUUAGCUUAUCAUUGGUAUUCGUUUAGCCCUCAUUCUGUGCUUUCUGAAGUUCACAAUCUUUAUCCAGACAAAUUUUUAUGGGGAUCGGAAGUUUGUAUCUGA